AGCUCCAUCUGUGGAGAUAACGGAGCAGACCGCGGAGCUGGCGGCUUCACAAACCGUCCGCCCCGCUCUCCUUCACGGUCAUCACGUCACCCUCUCUCUCGUGCUCCCCCGGAGACCACAGAGGCUCGAGGGAUAGAGUUACAGGAGAGGGAGGGGGUAGAGAGACCAAGAGGAGGAGUGGGAGGAGGAGAGAGAGGGAGGUGAAGCAGUUGAAGCUACGGCUAACUAGCCAUGUUGCUGUCCCCGCCGCCGCUGCUGUUGGUGUGUGACUGCUAGCGGGCCGCCCUGGACUCCCUAACCGCCCUGAGGUGCAUCAUGCCCGGCUGGAAGAAGAACAUUCCGGCCUGUCUCCAACCGGACCAGGAAGGAGAUGAAGGGCCGUACACGAAGCACUCGGCCGGGUCGCGACCUCCAGAUGGAGCGCUGGCCAUCAGGAGGCAGAGUAUUCCAGUGACUUGUUUUUCAGAUGAGUUUCGGGGCUGCACGGUGGUGGAGCUGAUGAAGAAGGAGGGAACGACGCUUGGACUCACCGUUUCAGGAGGAAUUGACAAAGACGGAAAGCCUCGGGUUUCAAACCUGCGACAAGGAGGGAUUGCUGCCAGGAGCGACCAGCUGAAUGUGGGCGACUACAUCCGCUCGGUCAACGGCAUCAACCUGGCCAAGUUCAGACACGACGAGAUCAUCAGCCUGCUAAAGAACGUCGGGGAGCGAGUGGUGCUGGAGGUCGAGUACGAGCUGCCGCCUGUCUCCGUGCAGGGGUCAGGGGUCAUUUUUAAAAAUGUGGAACUGACGCUUCACAAAGAAGGGAACAGCUUCGGCUUCGUCAUCAGAGGAGGAACGCACGAGGACAGGAAUAAGACCCGCCCCAUCGUCAUAACAACCGUCCGGCCGGGUGGACCCGCCGAAAGAGAAGGAACGAUCAAGCCGGGCGAUCGGUUGCUAAGCAUCGAUGGGAUUCGUCUCCAUGGCAGCACGCUGUCGGAGGCCAUGAGCAUCCUGAAGCAGUGCGGCCAGGAAGCCACGCUGCUGAUCGAGUACGACGUGUCGGUGAUGGACUCGGUUGCCACGGCGUCGGGGCCCCUGCUGGUUGAGGUUGCCAAGGCGGCAGGAUCCAGUCUGGGCGUGGCUCUGUCCACCUCCAUGUUCUGCAGCAAGCAGGUCAUCAUCAUCGACAAAGUCAAACCAGCCAGCAUAGCAGACAGGUGUGGCGCUCUUCAUGCCGGGGAUCACAUCCUGUCUGUCGACGGGAAGUCGAUGGAGUUCUGUUCUCUGGCUGAAGCCACUCAGCUUCUCUCUGCUUCCUGUCAAACCGUCCGCAUGGAGAUUCUGCCACAACACCAGGCCCGACCGGCCCUGAACGCACCGCAGCACGUCAAGGUGCAGCGUAGUCCCCGCCCCCUUCCCUGGGAAACUGGAGGCUCCGCCCCCAUCCUCCCUCCCUACCACUACAACACCUACCACCCCGACCAAUCAGGCGCCAGAUCCCACAACCGCCAUACAAACAACCCUCCUCUCAGCCACUCGUUCUCUCCCGGCUCCAUGUCGGCCUACAGCCUGUCGUCCCUCAACAUGAGCACUCUGUCCAGGAACAUGUAUCCCACGAGUCCGCGCAGCACCAUGAUGAGGAGGAAGGCCAAGAAGAAGGACUUCAAAAGCUCCUUGUCUCUGGCCUCCAGCACGGUCGGCCUCGCCGGUCAGGUGGUCCACACGGAAACCACAGAGGUCACGUUGCUAGGCGAUGGCAUCAUGGGGUUUGGCCUGCAGCUCCAAGGCGGAGUCUUUGCGACAGAGACGCUGUCGUCACCGCCGCUCAUCGCCUACAUUGACCCAGACAGCCCUGCAGAGAGGUGUGGCAUCCUGCAGAUCGGUGACAGGAUCCUGUCGAUUAACGGCGUCCCGACUGAAGACUCGACCUUGGAGGAAACCAACCAGCUGCUCAGAGACUCGUCCAUCACGGCGCAGCUCACGCUGGAGAUCGAGUUUGACGUGGCAGAGUCCGUCAUUCCCAGUUCGGGGACAUUCCAUGUGAAACUCCCAAAAAAACCAGGAGUGGAGCUGGGAAUUACCAUCAGCUCUCCGUCCAACAGGAAACCAGGCGACCCUCUGAUCAUCUCUGACAUCAAGAAAGGCAGCGUCGCUCACAGGACGGGAACCUUGGAGCUGGGAGACAAGCUGCUGGCCAUCGAUAACAUCCGGGUGGAGAACUGCUCCAUGGAGGAGGCCGUGCAGAUCCUCCAGCAGUGCGAGGAACUCGUCAAACUCAAGAUCCGCAAAGACGAAGACAACUCUGAUGAGCAGGAAGUGUCCGGCAGCAUCAUCUACACAGUGGAACUGCAGAGGUACGGUGGCCCAUUAGGCAUCACCAUCUCAGGCACCGAGGAGCCCUUUGACCCCAUCAUCAUCUCCUCGCUGAGCAAAGGAGGGCUGGCUGAGAGGACGGGGGCGAUCCACGUGGGCGACCGCAUCCUGGCGAUCAACAGCAGCAGCCUGAAGGGGAAGCCUCUGAGCGAAGCCAUCAGUCUGCUGCAGCAGGCGGGAGAGACGGUCACUCUGAAGAUCAAGAAGCAAGGAGAGCUGUCGAGCCCAAAGACCUGUGUGAUUGGUCCAGGCCUGGGGGCGGGGCUUAACCUGGAUGGCCAGGAUGGGGAGGAGGAGCCUGUCAUCACUGUGGUGCCUCCGACCAAUCAGAGAGCGUUCAGCACGCUGCCGUCAGUGGACAGCGCCGUGGACUCCUGGGACGGGUCCAACAUGGACAGCAGCUUCUCCACCACAGCUCCUUUUCAGUCAUACAGCUUCCAUGAGUGGCGCGGCGUCAAGACGACCAACAGCCAAUCGUCCGCCAGGCAGAGAGCCAAUCCGCUGUCGGAUCUGGGACUGAGCGACGACGACUGGGACCGCCCGCCGCUCGGAGGUGGCUCUAAUCUGCCCAGCGGAAAAAUCACUGACAGCAGGUUCUCCGUGGGUCACGACGGAACCGAACCCGACCAGGAGGAGAACUUCUGGUCUCAGGCGCUGGAGGACUUGGAGACGUGCGGUCAGAGCGGCAUCUUACGAGAGCUGGAGGCAACCAUCAUGUCGGGCUCCACGCUCAGCCUGAACCAUGACCCCACGCCGCUGCGCAGCACGCUGGGUCGCCAGUCCAGCUUCCAGGAGCGAAACAGCUCCAAACCGCAGGUCAACCCGCGAUCCAACACCUUGCCCUCUGACCCCCAACGCAGAGCCUUUGCGAUGAAAAAGAUGAGGCAAGAAGUGAACGACAUCCUAAACCAGAACCCUGUGGAACUCCAUAAGCUCACCUUGGAGAAGGCCUCAGACCUGGAGGAUUUCGGAUUCAGUGUCUCCGACGGACUGUUGGAUCGUGGCGUUUACGUAAAUAACAUCCGACCAGGUGGGCCGGCCGAACGGGGCGGCCUCCGUGCCUAUGACCGAAUACUACAGAUUAACCACGUCCGGACCAGGGACUUCGACUGCUGCCUCGUCGUUCCUCUCAUCGCAGAGUCUCCAAACCGGCUGGAAGUGGUCAUCAGCCGAAACCCCUCCUCUUCCUCCACCGCCGCCCCGCUGGCCAACCACAACGACGGCAUGGCCAACAGCAGGCACUCCCCUCAGCCAAUCAGCGCUGAACUGGGGCCGACAGAGAUCUCUGUGGAACAGGUGGAAGACUGCGGUCCGAUCAAGUGGAACCAACCGGGAGACGUGUUGGGGGUGGGGCAGGUCACCAACAGCUCCUUAUAGCAGACAAGAACCGGAUCAAACUGGAAUCAGACGCUUAAGACCAGAGUGGGCCGGAGAGGUCAGUGGGGAAGCCAGUAAUAUAUCAUGGAGAUCAAACUGGUUUGCUUAAACUGGUUCAAAGUGGACCUCUCGUGGUGCUACACACACCCUCCGGAUGGACGUUGGCCUUUGACCUCUUAAGUUUGACCCUUGGGACUGCUGAAGCAGCUUAAAAGCACACCACUGGACUGGAAGAAGCCUCCUCACAUCGUCACCAGAACCAGUUCAAGAUACUGGGCCAACAGAUCCCACUGGAGUCACAGCUGGAGCUACAGGAAUAAGUGGUUCCUUGAGUCCAAAGCCAGAUCUACUGGUCCAACUGAAGCCACGAACGCAGCCACCAGCAUCUGCAGGAUCGAGGCCCAAUGAAACCAGAACCACAUUGGAUGGUUUUAUUCUUCUGGGUCAAUGGUUCUUGGUUCUAGGAGCUCAACUCAGGACUUAUUGUCCUGCCUGUCUGGUGAAAGAUAUGUUGGUUCUGGUCUUGGCCAGAACCGCAGCCAGUGGGCUUCACUGGUCUAAGACAUUGAUUCUGGUCUUGGUUACAAAGCCUGGUUCUAAGCGGGCCAAAGCCACAGGUAAUGGGCUUACUGGUCCAAGCAGUCCAGAACCACCUCCUGGUUCUAGUUGUGGUCUUUGUGGCAGAGAUGUGGCCACUGCUUCAUGGCUUCUGGUUCCAGUAUAACGGCUUCGGGCUCUAGUGGUUACAGAACCACAGCAGCACAACUACCGACUGGGUUUGAGUCCUGAAUCCAGAACCCAACAAUAGAUAAAAAGGUUGCCAAGGAGACGAGGGAUGCUCCAAUCUGAGGGUCUAGAUCUGAUUUUUUUUCUCUUAAGACACCUGAAGUAAGGGUGUAAUUCAGUUUAAUCUUUAAUAAUCUGAAAUCACCGGUCCAAAGUAAGACCGUAUCACUGCUAUGUGUUUCAGAAAAUCUGAUUUGGAUGCACCUGUUCAAAAUGAUAUUUAACCUUAAUGAAGAUAACCUUUCAAACACUGUUUAACAUUCUGGUGAGCAAUAAAAGAAACCCAAACUUGACUGUGUGAGGUUUCAGGUUAAGGAGGCAGAGAGUUUCUGGACCUAACCGGUUUGGUUUAGGGUGUAUUUCCUACAGCCCUGUUCAGUCCGCUUUAAUCAAACUCUACUUUGUUUGUCUACAAACUCCAGUUUGUUUGGGAAGGUGUGAAUACAAAUUCAAUCUCUAAAAAAUAAUCUGUCAGAUUUUCUGAAAUUUACCAUUUUUUAGCUGAAAAUUUCAAUUGGGACAUUUUGAAACGUGUUUCUGAAUCAGUUGGUACUGAUUGGAGCAUCCCUACCAACCCAGACACAAAGAUGGAGAAUUUACUGUAGGGAUUUUUAGUUUUGUGCCAUAAAUGAGCUGCUGAAGGAAAGAUGCAGAGUAAUUAUGAUGAUGACACUGAGCAGUUCAAUAAGAAUCUUUUUCUACGGUUUACAGCUGUUGGACUGGCCACACUGUGUAUGUCUGUGUGUGUGUGUGUGUGCGGGUGUGUGUGUGUUACAAACGAGGCCAGUUAACUUUGUUUCCUGUCUUGGCUUUACCCUAACGUCUCUCCUUCCCUCAACCAAUCAGCAGCCAGGACGAGAGACGACGGCACAUCAGCUGAUUGGCUGGAACCAAUCAGAAAGCAAACAGUUCCCUGCCUGUGUGUGAUUGGUUAGUGUAUGUGUUGAGGAGAGCCAAUCAGCUCCCAGAAAAGAGGCCAAGCAUGUCCCCUCUCCCCUCCCUUUUCCAGCCCCAGUAACGGUGACCUAUUAUGCUAAUCAAUAAGUGUGAUUUUGAUUGACUGUUGUCAGUUCUCUGUUCGUUUCAGUGGCAACCAAACCUAAAAAGAUGUACAGAAGAUUAAAAAGAGAAAUGGUUGACGUCGCUGUUCACAUCUAGACCAUCAACUCCCAGUAACCUUCACCACAUAACCACAAAAACGAUGUUACACGAGAAAAAAACCUGUCAAAUCAGAAAAACUGUGACAGUAAACACAUUUUCUGUGUGUGUUUGAGCGAAUGAUGUGUAACUGUUUACGUUGGAUGUCAGCAUCUUCCUGCUCUUCUCAGUCUGAACUCACUAUUUAAACUGGCCAAUCAGAACCCUCCCUCAGCAUCAACAACCAAUAGGAACCCUCCCUGAGCUGGGAGGGUCCAAUGCAGUAGAUUAUUGACUGGUUGACUCUGAUUCUCUAAUCUGAAUAAGCACAUUACCUGCAUAUGGUUAGCAAACAUCGAGCACAGGGCUAACAUAGCACAAAGGUAGUCAGGACUAGUUUAAUCACCUAGUAGAUUGUUAGUAAUCAAACCCAGGGCAAGCACGGCCAGUCUGUAACUAGCACAGACCUUGCACAAUGCCACAAUAGGGCUAACGUUUACUAACUGAGCAGCUGAUUAGCAUGUGGCUUGCACAUUAGGUUUUGUAUGGAUGCUUCUCAAAGUCAAGGAACUUCCUGAUCUUGAAUGUAAAAUUAAAUUAGAUUUGUUUUGAUGUCAAGGCUCCAUCAGAUCAUUAAAUAUUCCAAAAAGUGCCUGGUGGGUAACCAGUCGGCUAGCAAUUGGCAUCCAAGGGCUGAAUCUUUCAAGGGUUGAUGAAGUAGCCAAUGAAGGUUGUCAAAUGUAACCAUGAAUACAUCCUCUGAAAAGCUAGACUGUCAAGUUCACAGCUGCUCACUUCUGGUCUGUGCAGACAACAAAGUACCCGGUUAUCAACUGGGUAGGGCGGAUUCUUUGAAGGAUGUCUUUGCAACCAUUAGCAAUACGUUGUAGGAUUACCUUUUUUCUAACUUUAAGAGAAGAGGAACUAUGAAGUCUUUAGUGUGGCUGUGAAACUUUGUUGGUAGCUCAUGUGUUUUGUUGGACUAAAUGGCCACUUAGUUCAUUUGGUCCCAGUAAAACCAGAGUGAGAAGUUAGGUCACAUCCCGGAUAACAAGUUUCACUCUUUCCAGUACUAAGGUUUCUGUAAUUACCUUCCUCUGUACGGUGGCUAAGCUUUGCCUUAGAGAUGAGGUGAUAAGGAAGAACUUGGAGUAGAGAAUCUGCUUCGCAGCAAAGAAGUCACCAAGGAUGGUAUGGAAUUUUUUUAAGAUUCCUCCUAGACACUCCCCUUUGGAGCUAUCCUAACCACAUUGCACCUGGAGAAGAAUAGCUUAGGUCAACAUUCAGCAAUCCUCUCUGGCCAAGAGAUAUUGUGGAAGUUGUUUAGUGCCGAUGGACCUGGUGCCUCCUCAACUUGAUCUCAUAGGCAGAUAUUCAUCCAUCAGUCACUUGCGUUCUGAAAACCUAAAAUCUUUCCUACCGCUGGUCAAAAUCAAGAAGGCAGGUUUUCAAGCUCCUCUAUCAUCAUUACAAACAAUUUUUGUGUUACUUUGGUGUGGAGUGCCUUUGAUAUCUUUGUUCUCCCAUUUUGUGAUAAAACAGAACACAUGCGCAUGCCCUCUCAAAUCUGGACUUCUGGCAACUCCUUUUAUAGCUGAGCAUAAAAUGUCUGUGAGAAAGAGUAGCAUCUCUAAGUUUGAAACUAUGGUUGUAAGAAGGCAAAGUGUGCAUUGCUACUUUGGAGUUUGAAAUGCCUGAAGUAGAGUGAAGUACUGAAGUGUACUUCACUCUGGAGAGGUCCAUUCACUCAAAGUGGACGUCCACCGGACACAUCUGUGCAAAGGUGCAUUUUUACAACCAUGUAUUCAUACUCUGUGUUGCUGAUGAGGUUAAGAGUUGGUACAAACAGUUGCAAGGAUGCACAGCCUGACUGUCGCGCACUUUGCUGCACUGAAUGGUUUGUGGUUGCUGCCAUGGUGGCGAAGAAAUUGAAGGCAACCAUCUAGCUCAUCAAUCUUGCUAGCAUUCAUUCAGAUUGUCUGAAAUUAAGAAAUUUGUCACAAGAAAUAUAUGCAGUUGGUAUAUUCGCAUAUGAAAUCAUGACCGACCGUGGAGAGUCCACGGAGUCCGCGUUGUUUACAGAUUGCGCAAAGUAUGUCUGAGUAUGUGGGGGGCCUUAGGUUCUGCUUUCCACUGAGUGCUUUUACGCUUCUGCUACAUUUGCUAUGCCACUCUCAACACACUUCAAUAGACAACCGAGGGUUGAGUCCAUUGGCCAAAGGCACCUCAAAAUGUGGUGUGAAGGUCUAGAAUUGAAUUCACAUCCUUUUGUCUGCAAGAUGGAUACUUUAACCUUACUUAGGAAUUAGGUAGACUUGACAGCAUUGGAGUCUCUCUGCACGGAGCGACGCCACUUGAGAUGGUUUCAACAUCUGGUUGAAAUGCUUUCUAGAUGCCUUUUACUGGAGAUCUUUGCUAGUGCCACUGGAAGGAACCAUGAAGCCUGGUCUCCAUGAUUUUGUGGAGAGAUUUCAUCUAACAAAAGACAUGCGAAUAUCUCAGAAUUUCUACAGUUGAGCUGGACAUUUGGGGAUAUUCCUGAUGCUGUUGCACCACAAGCCAGAUGGAUAGAUGAAUAGGUAGAAGGAAGUAAAGAAGUACAACGAUGACAAAGAUAAACAUAGCAUCCUUGGGAUAUCCUUGACUUUGGAAGGCACCCGUAGGGUCAGCCCUAAAAAUGAUGUUCUAAGAGUGAGAACAAUGAUAGUACCAAAUCUUGGCCUACGCCACAAAGCAGGAUUAGUCAAACCCUCCUCACUUCUUACCACGUUGUUUUAUUUAUACAAAGAUAACUUCUACUGCAUAGAAGUUACAUUUGAGAGGAGAAUCCAAGUUAAAAAUGUGUCAACAUCCUUCACAUUCAUCAGUUUUACUUCCUUAGACAGCUGAAAACAAUGGUUCUGCAGCCAACUUACAAUGAUUUGACCCAUAAUUUAGCACCAUACUUUGUUUUUUUCUUAUAACAUUUGUAGCUUCAGCUCUGUGGACGGGAUUGUCUUGGAUUUGUGAAACCAGCUUUGUAGUUGAGGCCAAGUUAUCCUGAAUGUUCAUGUACGAUUGGGAGGUAAAACGUGGCUAGUAUCAAUAUAUGCAAGCAUGGCAAACAAACCAGGCUACCAUAUGAACAAAACAUUAGCUAAAGGCAACAUUUUAGCGCUCAGUCAACACAAACUUCUUGACCAAUGAGAACAGCCACAGAGCUGAGGGGCGUGGCUUCAGAAGGUUUGACAGUGAGGUCCAAAGCCAUACACACUGUGCUUGCGUGUAUGUAAAUAAAAAGUGUGUGCGUAUGUUAGAGUGUGCGUUUGUAUUUGUGUGUAUGUGUGUGUAAUAUUGCAGGGAUUUGCACUCUGGUGAUUAACCUCAGCAAAACAUGUGCACACAAACACACACACAUAUAUACACACGUGCACUGCACUGCCAUUUAAAAUAGUGGGUCAGAUUAGAUUCCAUGUAGCUUCACCAACCAACCAAACUGUAUUUUUCUUUUUCUUUAAAGGAACAGGGAUGUUGUAAAGUAUUUUUGUACAAAUUUAAUACUUUGGUAGCAUGACGUUCCUGGUGUUUGUCCUGGUCCUGUCGGGCUCCACUGAUCUACUCCACCCUCCCCCCCCUUUGUAUGGACUACUACUGAGCAACAAUAAAGAUGAAAACCUACUGAAA